CCCGACCCCUCCCCCGAAAUCCAGUGGAAAAAAUGGCGGACUGGCGGUAACUCCUUGGCAACAACAACACGCUACAAAGCUAGCUCACGUCUACAAACACGGCAGCGAGCCGCGUCUUCUUUCAGGACGCGGCGUCGUCGCGGAGCCCGUAAAAGCAAACGUGAUCCUUUCAGACAGUUUACCGGGUGGCGGUUUGAACGCCGGAAGAAAAAGGCGCACUUUGGUUGAGAAGGGGCCCGUCCGGUUGCUGAUCAUGAACUUCUAACGGUGCACACCAUCAUAUACCGAGAUUGUUCCGUGUCAUUGGAACAUGAGGAAGCCUGUGCCACAGAAAGCUAUAGAGUGGAAAGAUGCAAGAAGGAUCAAGCACGCUCGGAGUGGACGGCCCUCUCGGGUGCCCUCCCUCUUCCAAGGCCAUUUCAGUUGGGAGAAGUACCUCAAAGAUACAGGCACCAGUGCGGCACCUGCUUCAUGCUUCCGUCAGAGCCUGACGCCGCCGAUCAAUGAGUUCAAAGCGGGUAUGAAGCUGGAGGCUCAGGACCCGCGCAACACCACCUCCACCUGCAUCGCCACUGUGGUGGGCCUGACGGGCUCGCGGCUCCGCCUGCGCCUCGAUGGCUCCGACAACAAGAAUGACUUCUGGCGCCUGGUGGACUCGUCCGAGAUCCAGCCCAUUGGCAAUUGCGAGAAGAGCGGCGGAAUGCUGCAGCCGCCACUUGGUUUCCGCCUCAACGCAUCCUCCUGGCCCUUGUUUCUUCUGAAGACACUCAAUGGUGCUGAGAUGGCCCCUCCACGGAUCUUUCACAAGCAGGAGCCCCCCGCUCCGGAGAAGAACGCCUUCCAAGUGGGCAUGAAGCUGGAGGCGGUGGACCGCAAGAACCCUCACUUCAUCUGCCCGGCCACAGUGGGCGCGCUGCGCGGAGUGGAGGUGGAGGUCACCUUUGACGGCUGGCGCGGUGCCUUCGACUACUACUGCCGCUACGACUCGCGCGACAUCUUCCCGGUGGGCUGGUGCGCCCGAACUGGGGACAACCUGCAGCCGCCCGGAACAAAAGCGGUGAUGCCAAAGACGCUAGGGCUGUUAACGGACGGCACCGUGGACAGCUCGGCCGUGCACGCGCCCCCUGCAGUAAGCAAAGCUGCUGGUCAAAGGGGCCGCAAACCCGGCCGCAGGAAAGCCAAGGGCUCCUGGAGUCAAAAAGCCUCGGCACUGCCAAGCAUCCGGACAGACAAAGGCCUGGAGCCUGUUAAGGUGCCCAAGAAACGCGGACCAAAACCAGGGCGGAAGUUGAGCUGGGUGAAGAAAGCCAGCUUCUCGCCGGACGCCACGGCUGGGCCCGGGCGGCCUAGGACGGGCCCGGGACGACCCCGUGGGAGGCUCUCAGUCAACUGGGCGCAGAGGUUAGCCCUGCCGCAGACGCAGGACGCGCCCGUCAAGAUUCCAAAGAAAAGAGGCCCAAAGCCUGGCAGCAAGAGAAAACCUCGCCUGGUAGCUAAUCCAGUCCCCACGUCGCCCACCAGCAGCACCCCGGAGCCCGACACCAGCACCGUGCCCCUCGACAACGCCACCAUCCCCAAAUUUGCACUACAGGCCCCUACAGUAUGCGUCUACCUAAACAAGUACAGCAAGGUUGGUCCCCAUUUGGAGCAGCGACGCAUCCGCCAGCUCCCCGACCACUUCGGUCCCGGCCAGGCGUCCUCGGUGCUUCAGCAGUGUGUCCAAGCCUGCGUUGACUCCGCCCACAACCAGGCCACCGUCUUUUCCUGCCUUAAGCCCGGCCAGGGCGGCAAGGUCAUUUCAGCCUUCUUUGAGAAGCAGCAGCACACACUGACGCUGCCCAUCGCCAGCAGCGUCACCUAUGUCCUCCGCUUCCUGGAGAAGCUCUGCCACAACCUACACUGUGACCCGCUUUUCGGCAGUCAGCCUGUGGCCGGAGAAAGUCCGCUCUUCACUACAGACAGGAAAGGUUUGGCAGAGUUGACCACGAAUCCCGGUCGAGGCACCAAGAGGCACCUGCAUGACUCGCACAAAACCCCCCUGGCCAAGAUCUCCCGGGCCGCUGCCAAUUGGCUGUCCGUGGAGAGCAGCGUCGCGGCGGCAAGAUUGGAGCACUUCAAGAUGAGGCCCCUCUCCCCCAGCUCGCAAAAGUUGGGGAGCCGUGUACAGUCGUCAGGACCGAGUUGUUUUGGGGAAAGCCCCAAGCCCGGCGGUCAGGACCCCAACGUGUGGAGCGUUGACGACGUCAUGCACUACAUCCGAGACAUCGACCCUGUGCUGGCGCCGCACGCUGACCUGUUCAGGAAACAUGAAAUCGAUGGCAAGGCGCUGCUGCUGCUGCGUAGCGACACCAUGAUGAAGUACAUGGGCCUGAAGCUGGGCCCCGCCCUCAAACUCACCUUUCACAUUGACAAGCUAAAACGAGCCUGAGCGCCCGAGGGGCCCCGACGUAUGCAGCUUUUCCUUCCUUCCUCCCUUCCUCCCUUCCUCCCUUCCUCCCUUCCUCCCUUCCUCCCUUCCUUCCUUCCUUCCUUCCUUCCUUCCUUCCUUCCUUCCUUCCUUCCAAAGGUCGCCACUGCCCUCCAGGAGCACUCUGCAUACGUGGGCCGCCAUUUUCGUCCGCCUCAUCCAAUGAGGACGGGACUUGAUUUCAUGUAGCACAACCCAACCCCAUGGCAGUAUGGUGGGUGUAUCUAGUUUCUGCUUUUUGUUUUCUUAUUCUGACGAUUACACUUCAAAUGGGCUUUUUUUUAAUUAAAUGGCCCGAUUGUACAUUUGACCUUUUGUACUUUGAAUAUGAUGUAAUUUGUUCUUGUGUUGAAGAAUUUGAAAUGAUCAAAAUACCAAAUCUGGCAUUCCUUGUCACAAAUGUCUUUCAUGAAGGCAACCACAACAUCAACGAAAGCCAGACGAAUUAGCAUUUUAUCUCUAAAUGAGAGACUGAUCCUUCAAAAUCUGUUGUUUGUUGAUAUGGAUGUUGUUUAAAUCGUCUCAACUUGGUUAUUUGUACUUUUUUUAAAAAAUGUUUUGAUACUAUACUAUUACUUCCUACAUGAAAAGGACUAUCACGUGUUAACAACACUGCUUAUAAAUAUAUGAUGCAACUUUGAA